AUGAACUAUGAUUAUAUAUUUGUCUACGUGAAUGGCGAGAAGAUGAGUCUCCUUGAGGAUGGGAGGCUCGCGUUGUACCAGCGCUUCCCCGCGGGUUCUGUGCUUUACGACCCUAGCGACCUGCCGCCCCGCGAGGUGCCUUUUUCCACGGAUGCCGCGGAGUGCGGCGUGACGGCCUGUAAGUUGGUUCCCUACAGCCACUACGAGGUGUACCUCCCGGACCCCGCCACGGGUGACUUGCAUGCGGUUACCGGCGAAAACGUCUGCGUCUACGUGACGAAUCUUCCCCCAAACACAACUGCCGAGAUGCUGGGACGCUACUUUGAGGCAUUUGACAUGGUUGCAGAGGCGGACGUCUUCACGACGCCGUCGGGCGCGUGCACGGGAAGAGGCUGGGUGGUUUUUCAGAACCCCUCAAAGCUGCUUUUGGUCCACCCCGUGCUGGAGUUUUUUCCGCGGGUGUUCAUUUACACCUCCCUCAGCGACAAGAUUCCUCCGCGGACGAUACUUCAACACCCUUCUGCCGCAGGGAUGCUGCACCCUCGCGCCGACAUCGCCCCUGUCGCCGAAGCGACGCUCAGCCAUACUCGCGGCGGCAACCAUAGGACGGGGAAUGGCAAGGCAUCUGGCAACGUACCCAAGCCGCCAGCUGCACUAGCUGCGGCUGUGGUAAAUGCAAGCGCCUACUAUUUCGUUGCCUUUAUUCGAAGGGAUGACAUUGCGAAAUCCGUGGAGGAAGGCGUCUUCCGGACGAAUCCAGAGAAUCGACGGGCCUUUUACUCAACACUAGAGCGAGGAACUGUGAUUAUUAUAUUUGUGCUGCAGGAGUACCCGGCCAUAUUUGGCUAUGCGUUGUUGCUUCCCAGUGGAAGCAACAACACAAGUGGCCCAUCGGCUUGUCCCAUAGAAUGGAUUAAACAUCAUGUGUUUCUGAAGGAGCAGGACAUGAGAGGGAUUCCAAGUAUUCCAAUUUCCAAAAUGGGCGAUGGUGUACCUUUGAAACCAGAGAUAGGUGAAGGCAUAUGCCAAUUAGCAGAGCAGCACCCAUCCCUCCCCGCCGUGCCUGAACAAUUGGGUCAACCACCGCCCAAAAACGGCCGGUUUUUGGGGCGGGGCGGCGGCGUUGUCGGUCUUGGUGGCAACAACGCGGAAUUUGCUGGCUUUAACGCUGUAGGCGGCGGGGGCGUCGUUCGUCCAGUCGGCGAUAGGGGACCAUUACUGUCGGGCGUUGGCGUAACGUCGCCGCCCCAACCACUGGGAACACGUCCGCCCGCAAGAGGCGGUCAUGCGAUGAAUGGCAGGAUUCCCCCGCGACGACGCCCAUACAGUGACCAUCCCAACGCCUACUCAGGCCACAGCUUCCGCGGCGACACACCACCGCCGCGUAAGCUGUAG